CAGCCCGAAGACCCAUCAUCUGAACGCGAUAAACCGCCACACAAAUCUUCUUUGUCCUCGAAAUUGAUCGACAAGACCAAACGUAAAAUACGCAUUGUCGUUACCGACAGCGGUGGCGGUCAAACAAAUUAUAACAAUUUCACAGGCAAAGAUAAAAUCGAACCGAAAAACACAAAUGUCGACUACAAUGGCGAUUAUGAUUUGACGAAAACUUUAACUUUUUCGUUAGAUGGCAGCGGGCGCAGUAAAAACGAUAAGAAUUGGGAAAAUUGGGAGCGUAUUAGGGAACAGAAAUUGGAACGUAUGAAAAAUAUUUGCUUUGAGAGUUACCGUCAAUCGAAGAAGGAUAGAAUGUAUCCACCCAAACCCAUACCACGACAACUGGACCCAACCUGGUAUACGGACAAUAUUUACUCGAACAAAUCCGAAGACCUAGAUGACGACUAUGUGCCGGACUGCAUUAAGUAUGCGAGUAAUUAUCGCAAAUUGAGAAAUAUACGCGAGCAUGACGAACUAUUUUUGGAAGAUGACUUUGUGGGUGGAGGCACAGGGGCAGAGUAUCAGGGUGGUCCCGUUAAGGAGAGAAGAGGAGAAGGUGAGGGUUCCGCCAGUUAUGCUCUGCAUCGUUCUAUUAGUUGUAAGGAGUUUCAUUAUCCAAAGUCACAGAGUUGUACUUUUGCCGAACGCAUCUUUGAGGAGGGCGUAGGUAGUUCGCCACCUCCCCCUGCACCUACUGCUCCGCCUACUACUUCAAUACUUAAGAAAGCCAAUGUGCCAAAAUCAUAUUCAUUUAGUGCUUCGACCAAAACCACACCAUUCGAUGUCAUGGACUAUGAGGUUCCACCUUCCAUUGGUAAAUCACGACGUGACCGACAUGAUGCCUUCCGCAAAUCUAUGGGUUAUCAUUGUAGUAAUAGUUUAGAUGAGACAGCGCUGCCAACGGCUCACGAGGCACACACCUGCUGUGCCCGAGAGCACUGUACCAACGCCAAGUGUUUGUUGGAUGACAUCUACACCGAAGGGUUCGGUUCUGUGCCACGACGUACAUGGCGUAGAGUUGCGCCCUCCACCUCGUCGCUGUCUGGUUUUUAUGGUGCUAGUGUCAGUGGUGGUAGCAACAGAAACUUACACGAUUUGGACUGGUGGGAGGAUGGAAGAGGCACGAAUCAUCGGGUGGCAACGGCUUCUCGCUACUCUCUGCUCUCGGGGGGAAGUCAACGUGAGCAGCCACUGCCGCCGCCACCCACGGUGAUAUGUUGCUGUGCCGCCGAUGACUAUUGCUACCACCGCCAACAACAGUACCACUUGGCCAGAUCUUUAGCCCAGCAACAGCAGCAGCAACAACAACCGCAACCACCGCCUCGCUCACGCUAUCACUGCCCCGGUCACCAUCCGGCCGCCGAAGAAGAAGAACAUCUGCACUGUCGUGCCGUGGCCUACGAUACUGAUUUAGAUCAUUUCAUACGUGACGAAAGAGAACGUCUCCUCAUGCAGGACAAAUUCUUAGAUGAAGACGAGCGCUACUUAUCAUCGGGUGCUCCGAGGCGUCCCGCUUAUUCACGUUACCCUCGUCCUGCCAGAAGCAAAUCACUUUUAGAGGUACAACCACCCAGUCGCUACGAUGAAGACUCUUGUUCAGACACCACAGAAAUGGACCUGCAAGACUUCAACAUAGACCUUGAAAAGUACUGGGAAGAAUUGGAAAAACCUCCCAGUCCCAUUGACUUGGACAUGCAACGUCGCAACAUGCACAGCAAUUUAAAGGUGAAAAAUGUCAAUGUUGGUUGUUACAACAAUGGACAACCUAUUGAUUUGCACGAUCGCGAACAAGAACGUAUGAUGAUUAAGAAAUCACUUUUGGAAGGUAUGCCAUCACCACCUCAGGUCGACCACCAUCCCUCGCACGCCUCAUCACUGCCUACCGAUGCUAACAAUGCCGCUUCAAGUAGUUUUCAUUUUUUUGAACAUGCUGGCUCGCCCCUUCACCGCUCCUUCAACUACGGCCACAAGGUCUACCCGGCAGCCGAAACGCUGCCCUCCUACCAGUACAACAACUUUUAUCCCGAACACCACAAUGUCCAAACCCAACAGCCUACUAGUUCUGGCCAUCAUCCUGCAGCCGGUGGCCAUUCGGCUUUAAAUCUCAUCAAUAAUAUCUUCUCUAUUUAUAAGCCCAACAAAUAUGCAGCCCAAAACUCCGCACACUAUAACAACAACGAUACAAAACCCGAGCCUUGCAAAAAAAUGAAUGUACCCAGCACUAGACGUCCAUUAGGGGCACCCCAUUCCGAGUAUAUGCACUCCAUGAAGCGUCCACUCAUUGUUAGCACCGAGCAACCCCAUUUUAAGAUUAUACCCGAAAAGACCGGUCUUAAGAUAUCACCCUUUUACAACUACGACGAAUUUGAGGACAAACCAAAACAACAGACACGACUGAAGCUGACCAGUACAGCACGACCGUUAAUGCUUCCGCACUGAUGGUGCUGGACAUUUCCGUGGUAUGGGGGUUGCUAGUAUUUACUUCAAAUGUUACUAUUACUAUACAACAAAUUGCAGUUGUUGCUGCUGUUGCUAUUACAAAAACAGCAUCAGCGGCAACAGCAGUACUUGCUAUCAAACUUUAACAUCAAUAUCAACAUCUUCAUCAGCGACUCCAGGGAUCAAAAACUUUUAUAAAAUAAAGUCAAACAAAAAAAAACACGUUUCUUCAAAAUCAUUAUGACGUCAUUGAAAUUCUUUUUUUAAACUCAAAGUCAUAUUUAAUCAAAACUGUCGACAUUAUUGUUUUAGACUCAAGAUAACUGUAAUUUUGUAAUGCUAUUAAGAGCAACUCGUUCAAACUAACUAACUCAUUCAAGAAGAAUGUUGUUUAAUCAAUGUUUUUUGAGUGUUUCUAUACCGAACACCAGUGUAGUGGGGAGGGUAUUAUGAGUUUGUGCCUUUAAACAUAGCAAAGAUCACUUUCUAGGUCGAUUUACCUAUGUCCGUCCGUUCUUCUGUCCGUCUAUCUGUCUAUGUGUCCAUGUAAACUUUGUGCGCACGGCACAGGUCGUAAUUUUCAAGAUAAAUUGAAAGUGUCUGAAAUCGAUUCAUUAUUUCGCCUAGCCCCCCAUAUAGCCGUGACCCCCAAAUAACACCGUCCGGCAAAGAGAGAAAAAAUUCCUUAGACAAGAACCGGAUGAUGAUAUAAAGAUAUUUAAAACUUUGAAGUCCUUUUGAAAGGACACAGGAUCUCGAAAUGAACAAUUAAAAACGCAGAUUUUUUCCUUUAUAGUUUCAGACGUAUAUCAUCCGGUUCGUGUCUAAUAUUGAUUGUCGGGCGGUGUAAUGCCUUUGAAAUCAUAAUUACGUUACAUGUUCUAUUCUGUCAACAAAAAUCAGCAAAAUUUAAUUCUAUAGAACUUUUAAGAAUACUACCGAAUUUUGUAAUGAUCGUGCCUCAUUUGACCCCAGCACGAGAGGCUUGAUAUUGAAAUCAUUACAAGAUUCAGUUGAUGGACAAUAUACAAAAGAAGUUUCACCAUAUAAGAUUCAACAAAACUUUAAAAAGUCAAAACCCAGAGAUUUAUUUAUAAAUUUCUUCGUUUAAUCCUUAUCUGGCCUGUCUGACUGUGUUGUUAAUUAAUGAUAGUUUAAGGUUUGAGGUUAAUAUAUCUCAAGGAAUGGAGAAGAUAUAAACCAGGUUAAACCCUAAUUUUUUGACAGAUUACACUUUCAGCUGAUGUAUUAAUCAUUAUAAGUAUGAAUGUCAUAAUGCCCCAAAUAUGGCUAAAGAUGAAGGAUUUUCACAUUUUAGGACACGAUUAAUCGAAUUAUUAAAAUAUGAAUAUUUUGAGUCUAAACAAUUUCGUUGACACUUUAUUACAUAAUCCCAUGAACUCUAAGCUCCUAAUUUGCAGAAAGGAACAUAAAAAUUUGGAUUAUAAUUAAAAAGAAUGAAAUGUGACCAGUCUGAUGAUGGAUGUGCAAUUUAAUUAAUUAAAAAUGAGACCAAAGAAACGUUAAAAGCAAAAAACAUACCAUUGGAAAUGAAUUGAUUAAGAAAAAAAUACAGAAAUAAAAAAUAAUUAAAAUCCAAAAAUUAAAAAUUAUACAAAAAAAAAUUGUGAUGAACUUUUCGCUAAAACUCAUUAAACCAUAAACAGUUGAAAAAACACAUAAUGCAUUUUUAUCCUUCCAAGUACUAACGAUGACUAACAAAAUAUAUAAAAAAAUAAGAAAACAUAAAAAUGAUGGAAAGAAAGAUAUGAAAAUAUUUUUUUGCUCAAAACUGUGACAGAGUGUGAAUUCUCAAAUGAUGAUAGACAAGUUUGAGGAGCCCCACUUAAACCAAAAUACAUUCCAUUAUUUAAUAAAAAAUCCACUAAAACAACAAAGCGCUCAAAUUUUUCCAAUUCUUAAAAAAAAACAAACAAAAAAAACUAACAAAUAAUACAAAAUAAUUAAACAAUCAACCAAAUAGUAUUACAAAACAAAAAACAACAAAAAAUAAUUAAAUAAAACAUACUUGUUAAAA